AUGGCGAUUUUUUCUUCAUUGGCAGGGUUUUUCAAUAGAAAUAAAAGAAAGAUAUUUAUAACUAGUGCUGUUACAGUAUCUAUAUAUCUAUUGAUUAAUGAAUUUGUCAUUAAAAAAUUCAGAAAUUAUCAAAAUGCAUUGAGACAGGAAUUGUUGUUCAAACAACAAAUAAAGCAAAGAUUUAUUCAAACACAACAAGAUUGUUAUUAUACCAUAUUGGCAUUAUUACCAGUAUUAGCUGCUCCUAUAAUUGAUUCAUUACCAGUUGAGUUGAUCACCCAAGCAUUAAGAUUGAAAAAAAACAAUUCCCUGCAACAAGUCACCAGUGGUAACAACAGUGAAUUGACUGCUGAUAAUUUGAAUCUUUUGGAUAAUAACAAUAAUCCAGAACUGAAAUUGUCUAUAUAUAUGAGCAAAAGCAAAACUGAACUAUGGAAUUUAUUGAAAAUUAAAACAAUUACUAGAACAUUGACUUUAUUAUACACGGUUUCCGGGUUGUUUUUAAUUACAAGGUUACAAUUGAAUAUCUUGGCCAGAAGAUCUUAUUUGGAGAGCGCUAUUCAAAUGGCAGGUGUCAAAUCAACAAAUAAUGACAUUGAUCCUCAUGAAAAUUAUAUAAUUGAACAAAGUUACCUUUCAUUAAGUUGGUGGUUAUUAAAUAAAGGAUGGUCAAAUUUAAGUUCUAUAAUUGAAGCAUUAGUGAUUAAAAAAUUUGAAAAAAUCACCCCAAAAACAGAAUUAUCAAUCAAUGAAUUUGAAUUUGAUUUGAUUGAAAUAAUAAAUGAGAUCAAUUCAAAUAAUAAAGAAUAUAUUUUAGCCAAUCUUUUCCCCAUCAAUUAUUCUGAUUUAUUGGAAACUAUAUUAAACACCAACUCCGAUUUGAUCCAUCAUUUGGAUUCACCAGAUUCAAAUUUAAUUAAAUUAAUCAAUGAAACCAAUGCAAUUAUGUUGGAUAACAACUUGUAUUUUUUUGAUUUAUUAAAUGCAUUAAUUAUGAAUACAGUAUCCACAUUGACUACCAAUCUUUCAUUUAGUUUAGGAGCCAAUGGUAGCUUAAAUAAUAGCUUAUUAAUGGCUUCCUCAGGUAACUUGCCUGCCCAUGGAGAAAACUCCAAAAUAAUCGAUAUCACUAAUAAUGAUCAAUCAUUUAAAUUGGCUAGUUUCUUGGCACAACUUUCGGUUCAAAAUAAUAUAAUGAUAGAUAAUGACAAUUUGAAAACUGAAGAUAUACUGCCAAAACAUGAGAGUGAUCUUGAAGAAAUUCUCAAUAGUUUGAAUGGAGGUACAACUGAACUACCAACUGAAUCAUAUGGAAAUGUGUAUAUUAAUAAUUUGAAUCAGUUAGAGGAAUUAGAUGACUUUAGUGCCGGUAUAUAUUCCAAUUUUGAAUAA